UGCCUGUUGUAAACUGCCCAUGUUGUUAAAUCUUUUCUAAGGACCUGCAUUUUGCAGACUUUGGAUGGGUGCUAAAACACUCAUUGGAGAGAAAUGGAGGCACUUGUCAAAACCAGAAAGAUGAAAAUGGAGAUGUGCCUUUGAAAAUCUUGAAGGAAUACUGACAUCUAUUUUUGGAUAUGUUCUGUCAUUCUUGUGUGGAGCUAUAUACAAAGCACAGAAGGAUACUGUUUUUUUAUUCAUUGGAACCAUACAUAACUAUGGUUCGUCUUCUAAGUUUUUAUUAAAAUGAUGUCUGAGAAAAAGUGGAAGACCACAGGAGAGUCAUCGAUCAUUAUCAACAGCCUCAUCAGUACACACAAACAAAAGCUGAAAGAGGAGCGUGAAGCUAAGCGGGCCCAGCUGGAUGGAAGACAUGACUACAUCCUCAGCAUUGUGUCUUCAUGCCUGGGAGUGGAGAAAGCUGAUGUGGAAGAUGCAAUACUGGAGGGGAAUCAGAUUGAUCGCAUGGAGCAGUUCUUUGUAGCUGAGGGUCUUCCACAUCUCAUGUUCUACUAUCAGGAUACUGAGCCAGUUGAAGCAGCAGCAGCAGCAGCAGCCUCUGUGCCCUCCCAGCUUGUUGCCCAGCAGCCUGGUCGCAGCAAGAAGUCUAAAGUGUUUGUGACAGACGGGAGGGAUGUGGCACUGACCGGGGUGUGUGUCUUCUUCACCAGAGCCAACACCUCUAAGACAAUCACCUCUGAGAACAUACACAGAGAUGUAAAUUUCAAUAUGCUGGACACAACAGAGGUGGGUCUGUUAAAAAGUGUGGAGCAGUUGCUAUCUGAGAUCUUCAUCCCCACGCUGAGGAAGAUGAACCACGGCUGGGGGGAGAUUGCCAGUCCUCAGGCCCAGGCUGUCAAACAGGACUUCAUAUCGUCAUUGGAAGGCUUCGUUUCUGUUUUAGCUGGAGCACAGGAGAGCCUGCAAGAAAAGGUUACCUUAAAGGAGUGUGACACAUUUGACCUGCGGGUGCUGAAAGGCCCAUCAGACUACAUGGCAGCAGCCAACAGCACAGAAACCACAGAAAAGGUGGAAGCCUGCAUGAAAGUCUGGAUCAAACAGAUAGAACAGGUUCUAGCUGAGAGUGACCAGCUAAGAAAGGAGGCUGAUGACCUUGGCCCUCGGGCUGAGUUGGACCACUGGAAGAAACGAAUGUCCCGCUUCAACUACCUUUUGGAUCAGCUUAAGAGCCCUGAUGUCAAAGCUGUACUGGGUGUGCUUUUGAUGGCGAAAUCUAAACUCAUAAAGUCAUGGCGGGAACUGGACACCAGGAUUACAGAUGCAGCCAACGAGGCCAAAGAUAACGUCAAGUACCUCUACAGUCUGGAGAAGUUUUGUGACCCUCUCUACAAUAGUGACCCUGUUUCGAUGGUGGAUGCAAUCCCAGGUCUUAUUAAUGCCAUCAGGAUGAUUCACAGUAUUUCUCGCUACUACAACACAUCAGAAAAAAUUACAUCGCUUUUUGUAAAGGUGACAAACCAGAUGAUCACAGCCUGCAAAGCCUACAUCACUAAUAAUGGAUCUAAUUCAAUAUGGGACCAGCCUCAGCAAGUUGUGACAGACAAAAUCAAAGCCUCUAUCCACCUAAACCAGGAGUAUCAGCAGUACUUCCACAAAACCAAGGAGAAGCUGGAACAGACUCCCUCAGAGAGACAGUUUGACUUCAGUGAGAUGUACAUUUUUGGGAAGUUCGACACAUUCCAACGACGACUCAACAAGAUCCUGGAGAUGUUCAGCACCAUUUCCACCUAUUCUGCCCUGCAGGACUCUAAGAUAGAAGGACUGGAGACCAUGGCCACCAGGUUUCAGGGUAUUGUGCUAAACAUGAAGAAAAAACAUUACAGUUUCCUAGACCAGAGAAGAACGGACUUUGAUGUUGACUAUGAGGAAUUCUGCCAAAGCACUUCAGAGCUUCAUAACCAGCUGAAAAGUUUCAUGGAUAGCACCUUUGAAAAAAUUCAGAACACAGAGAGAGCUCUAAACGUGCUGAAGAAAUUUGAAAGACUGGGCAUCCCAGACCUCGGCAUUGAAGAGAAGUAUCAGCGCAUUCUGCAGAACUAUGGCCGGGACAUUGAAAUGGUCUCCCGUAUCUACAUGAAGCAGAAACUAGACCCCCCCAUUGGCCGAGACAUGCCCAUAGUGGCAGGCCGUAUUAUGUGGGCUCGGCAGCUGUCCAGCAGGAUCCAGGGUCCCAUGGAUCUCUUUCAACAGCAUCCGGGAGUUCUCUCCACACCAGAGGCCAAGAGAAUCAUCAGGAACUUUAACAGGGUGGCAAGGGUUCUAUUGGAGUUUGAGAUGCUCUACCAUCACAGCUGGAUGAAAAAGAUGGAGGAUGCCCGGGUUGGCCUGCAGGCCUCUCUACUGGUCAGGUCUCCAGAGACAGGGGAGCUGUUUGUGAAUUUUGACCCAGAGAUUCUGACCCAGAUCAGGGAGGCAAAUUGCAUGACAAGGAUGAAUUUGGAGAUUCCACCCUUUGCUGCUCUGUUGCAGCAGAAACAGGACACCCUCAAAAAGAACUACAACAAAUUACAGUUAAUGUUGAGCGAGAACACCAGAGUGCGAGCUAAGAUUCAAAGUGCUUUUGAACAGCUGGCCAUGCCGCAUGUAGCUAAGGUGGAUGAGGCUAUACAGCCGGGUUUGACCUCUCUCAACUGGACAUCUCUGAACAUAGAGAAGUACCUCAGCCGCAUUGACAAGGCUUUGGCUGACCUGGAGCUGUUGAUGGACAGGGUGAACGACUUGGUGGAAUUUAGGAUAGAUGCGGUACUGCAGGAGAUGAGCGGAUCCACACUGUGUGUCUUGCCUGAGGAUGAACCGGUCACCUGUGAGGAGUUUGUUCAGACCACCAGGAGAAAAAUGAAUGAAAGACGGAUGGCAUCUCUGAAACAGGACAGUUCUGAGAGUGAAUCAGAGGAUGGAGCAACAACAUACAGAAGCCUGGCUGAUGGCAGCACCUCAGACAUUUCAGCAUCUGUGAUCCAGGCUAUCCCUUUCCAAGCUAGAAACUACUACAAGAGUGUGUCUGAGAACAAAGAGAUAGUCAAGCUAGUGUCUGUUCUCAGCACCUCCAUCAGCUCCACCAAAAAGGAAGUGAUGACUGCUCUUGACCGUUUUAGCCGUUACCAUCACAUCUGGAGAAAGGACCGCGAAGACACCAUGCGGAAAUUCAUCCAGGGCAGUCCCUUGCUCUCAGAGUUUGAGAGCCAGAUUAUUUUCUAUCGAGAUCUGGAGCUGGAAAUAAACUCUGAACCAGAGUUCAUCACUGUAGGAGCUUUAGCUCUGUUCACAGCGGACCUGAAGAUGUCCCUUACUGCUGAAACUAAGAAUUGGAUGGUGGACUACGGACUGUACUGUAACAGGAAAUAUCGCUCGGAGAUGGAGCAGAUCUUUGGUUUUGUUGAUGAAGCAGGAAAGAAACUCAAUCGGCAGAUCAAAGACCUGGAUGAUAUCAGAAUCGCCAUGGCAGCACUCAAGGAGAUCAGAGAGCACCUAAUAUCUAUUGAUUUUCAAGUUGGUCCCAUAGAGGAGUCCUAUGCCAUGCUGCAUAAAUAUGAGCUGUCAGUGGCAAAAGAGGAGGCCGAUAAGGUGGAUACACUGCGUUACACCUGGGAGAAGCUGCUGUCCCGGAGCACAGAGAUACAGAAUGAGCUGGUGGCCCUGCAGCCCAACUUCAGAGGAGAGCUGGUCAGCAAUGUGGAGACCUUCCUGGAAGACUGUCAACACUUUUACCAGGAUUAUGAGAAGGAUGGCCCCAUGGUGGUGGGGCUAGCUCCUCAGGAUGCCAGUGAUAGACUCAUCAUGUUCCAGAAUCGAUUUGACAACCUGUUCAGGAAGUACACCACUUACACAGGGGGAGAAGAGCUGUUUGGACUUCCUGUUACCCAGCAUCCCCAGCUGUUGGAAAUUAGGAAGCAGCUGACUCUCUUGCAGAAGUUGUAUGGCCUUUACAACAAUGUCAUCGAAACAGUCAAUGGUUACUAUGAUAUCCUCUGGGCUGACAUCCACAUUGAGAAGAUCAAUAACGAGCUACUGGACUUUCAGACAAGGUGUCGCAAGCUGCCUCGUGCUCUGAAAGAGUGGCAGGCUUUCCUGGACCUGAAGAAAACAAUUGAUGAAUUCAGUGAGUGCUGCCCCCUGCUGGAACUCAUGACUAACAAGGCCAUGAUGACUCGCCACUGGAAGAGAAUUACUGAGGUGACUGGACAUACCUUUGAAGUGGAAACGGAUACAUUCAAGCUGCGCAACAUUAUGGAGGCUCCUCUGCUCAAAUAUAAAGAAGAGAUUGAGGAUAUCUGUAUCAGUGCUGUGAAAGAGCGGGACAUUGAGCAGAAGCUGAAGCAGGUGAUUGCUGAGUGGGACAACAAGACUUUUACGUUUGCCAAUUUUAAGACCCGUGGCGAACUGCUGCUGAGAGGAGACAGCACAUCCGAGAUCAUUACCAGCAUGGAGGACAGCCUGAUGAUGUUGGGGUCUCUUAUGAGCAACAGGUACAACACCCCAUUUAAAGCCCAAAUUCAGAAGUGGGUUCAGAAUCUUUCCAACACCACUGAUAUCAUAGAAAACUGGAUGACUGUCCAGAACCUCUGGAUCUACCUGGAGGCCGUGUUUGUGGGUGGAGACAUUGCUAAACAGCUGCCUAAGGAAGCAAAGCGAUUCUCUAACAUCGACAAAUCAUGGGUGAAGAUCAUGAUGCGAGCCCACGAGAUGCCCAAUGUAGUACAGUCAUGUGUGGGAGAUGAGACAAUGGGACAGCUGCUUCCUCACCUCCUUGAACAGCUGGAAAUCUGCCAGAAGUCACUGACAGGCUAUUUGGAGAAGAAGCGUCUGCUGUUUCCUCGUUUCUUCUUUGUCUCUGACCCUGCCCUGCUGGAGAUCCUGGGCCAGGCCUCUGACUCCCACACUAUCCAGGCCCACCUUCUCAAUGUCUUCGACAACAUCAAAUGUGUCCGAUUCCAUGACAAGGUAUACGACCGUAUUCUGGCUGUAUCAUCACGGGAAGGAGAGACUGUGGAGCUGGAGCGUCCUGUCACAGCAGAGGGUAAUGUGGAAGUUUGGCUCAAUGCUCUGUUGAAGGAAUCCCAGAGGUCUUUGCACCUGGUGAUCCGACAAGCUGCCCUGACCAUCCAGGACUCUGGCUUCCAGCUCAUUGACUUCCUCAACUCCUUUCCUGCUCAGGUUGGCUUGCUAGGAAUUCAGAUGAUAUGGACAAGGGACUCUGAGGAGGCUCUCACCAAUGCUCGAUAUGAUCGGCGCAUUAUGGCCAAAACCAACCAGCUCUUUCUGGAUCUGCUCAACACGCUGAUUGACAUGACAACAAGAGACCUGGGGGCUGUGGAGAGGACCAAGUACGAGACCCUCAUCACCAUACAUGUCCACCAGAGGGACAUAUUUGAUGACUUGUGCCGGCUCCAUGUCAAAAGCCCCAACGACUUUGAGUGGCUGAAGCAGUGUCGUUUCUACUUCAAUGAGGACUCAGACAAGAUGAUCAUCAACAUCACAGACGUGGGCUUUGUCUACCAGAAUGAAUUCCUGGGCUGCACUGAAAGGCUUGUCAUUACACCGUUGACUGACAGGUGCUACAUCACCCUAGCCCAGGCUCUUGGUAUGAGUAUGGGUGGAGCGCCUGCUGGUCCUGCAGGAACAGGUAAGACAGAGACCACAAAAGACAUGGGACGCUGUCUGGGAAAGUAUGUUGUAGUCUUCAACUGUUCUGACCAGAUGGAUUUCAGAGGCUUGGGAAGAAUAUUCAAAGGUCUGGCUCAGUCUGGUUCGUGGGGCUGUUUUGACGAGUUCAACCGCAUCGACCUCCCAGUUUUGUCGGUGGCGGCCCAGCAGAUCGCGAUAGUUCUCACCUGCAAGAAGGAACGUCGCAAAAACUUUGUCUUCACUGACGGAGACAAUGUGGAUAUGAACCCCGAGUUUGGCAUCUUCCUUACCAUGAACCCAGGUUAUGCAGGACGCCAGGAGCUUCCUGAGAACCUGAAGAUCAACUUCCGCUCUGUGGCCAUGAUGGUUCCUGACCGUCAGAUUAUCAUUAGGGUAAAACUGGCCAGUUGUGGGUUUAUAGACAACAUGGAGCUGGCCCGUAAGUUCUUCACUCUUUACAAGCUGUGUGAGGAGCAACUCUCCAAACAGGUUCACUAUGACUUUGGCCUACGGAACAUCCUGUCAGUGCUGCGAACACUGGGAGCAGCCAAGCGAGCUAACCCCAGUGACACGGAGUCCACCAUCGUUAUGAGGGUCCUCAGGGACAUGAACCUAUCUAAGCUGAUCGAUGAGGAUGAGCCACUCUUCCUGAGCUUGAUUGAAGACCUCUUCCCAGGCAUCCAACUUGAUAAAGCAGGCUACCCUGAACUAGAGGCUGCCAUCGACAAUCAGGUUGAGGAUGCAGGUCUGAUCAGCCACCCCCCCUGGAAGCUGAAAGUCAUCCAGCUGUUUGAAACUCAGAGGGUUCGACAUGGCAUGAUGGCCCUGGGGCCCAGUGGUGCUGGAAAGACAACCUGUAUACACACGUUGAUGAAAGCCAUGACAGAGUGUGGUCAGCCUCACAAAGAGAUGCGCAUGAACCCCAAAGCCAUCACAGCACCUCAGAUGUUUGGUCGACUGGAUGUGGCUACAAACGACUGGACUGAUGGCAUCUUCUCCACACUUUGGAGGAAAACACUGAGAGCAAAGAAAGGAGAGAACAUAUGGAUAGUCCUGGAUGGACCAGUCGAUGCCAUCUGGAUUGAGAACCUAAACUCAGUGUUGGACGACAACAGAACUCUCACACUCGCAAAUGGAGACCGUAUACCCAUGGCUCCCAACUGUAAAGUGGUUUUUGAGCCACAUAACAUUGACAACGCCUCUCCAGCCACUGUCUCACGCAAUGGCAUGGUGUUCAUGAGCUCUUCAGUGCUCAACUGGAGCCCUAUACUGGAGGGCUGGUUAAAGAAACGUUCCCCCCAGGAAGCAGAUGUGCUGAGGGAACUCUUCUCUUCCUCCUUUUCUGAGCUCUAUCGCUUCUGUGUACAGUCACUAGAGUUCAAGAUGGACAUGCUAGAGGCCUUUGUCAUCAUGCAGUGCAUCAACAUGCUGCAGGGGCUCAUACCACCAAAGGAGCAGUGUGGUGAGUUAUCCAGGGAGCACUUGGAGCGGCUGUAUGUGUUUGCUCUAAUGUGGAGCACUGGAGCCUUACUUGAAUUGGACGACCGCAGAAAGAUGGAGAUCUGGCUCAGAGGGAAUGACAGUAUCUGUCUAAACUUGCCAAAUGUUCCUCCUGACAGUGAGGACAUCAUGUUUGACUACCACGUCACAGCAGAUGGACAGUGGGUCCACUGGAGCACCAUAGUGGAGGAGUACAUUUAUCCAUCUGAAUUCACCCCAGAGUACAGCUCCAUCUUGGUCCCCAAUGUGGACAAUGUUAGAACAGACUUCCUAAUUCGGACCCUCGCCAAGCAAGGCAAGGCGGUUUUGCUGAUUGGAGAACAAGGAACAGCCAAGACUGUUAUCAUUAAGGGCUACAUGUCAAAGUAUGAUCCUGAGACCCACAUGGGCAAGAGUCUCAACUUAUCUUCUGCUACCACGCCAUUCAUGUUCCAGAGGACAGUAGAGAGUUAUGUGGAUAAAAGAAUGGGGACCACUUACGGACCCCCUGCCGGGAAGAAAAUGUCCAUUUUCAUAGAUGAUAUCAACAUGCCUGUCAUCAAUGAAUGGGGAGAUCAGGUAACUAAUGAGAUUGUCAGGCAGCUGAUGGAGCAAAAUGGGUUCUUUAAUCUGGAGAAACCGGGAGAGUUCACCAAUAUUGUGGACGUUCAGUUUCUGGCAGCCAUGAUCCAUCCAGGUGGAGGCCGUAAUGACAUUCCACAGAGACUGAAAAGGCAGUUCUCCAUCUUUAACUGUACCCUGCCCUCUAAUGCUUCCAUUGACAAGAUAUUUGGUGUGAUUGGUGUGGGCCACUUCUGUGCACGUCGCAGUUUCACUGUUGAGGUUCGGAGUACGGUAUCCCAUUUGGUGUCUCUGACCCGCCGUCUCUGGCAGUUGACCAAGGUCAAGAUGCUUCCAACUCCAGCCAAGUUUCACUACAUCUUCAACCUGAGGGAUCUGUCCAGGAUCUGGCAAGGCAUGCUUAAUACCAAUGCUGAGGUGGUCAACUCUGUCCAGGUGCUGCUGGCAUUGUGGAAGCACGAGUGCAAACGUGUGAUAGCUGACAGAUUUACCAUGCCUGAGGACGUGGAGUGGUUUGACCAGGCUUUGGCUAAGCUGGUAGAAGAGGAGCUUGGCGAGGACCACAAGAACAUGGUUGACUAUGGACUGGACAGAUACUUUGUCGACUUUCUACGAGACGCACCUGAGGCUACAGGGGAGGAGCCAGAAGAUUCAGACUUUGAUUUGCCCAAGGUGUACGAGCCUAUGGAAUCGUUUGAGAGUUUAAAGGACCGUCUGAACAUGUUCCUGAGCCAUUACAAUGAAAGCAUCAGGGGUACUGGCAUGGACAUGGUCUUCUUUCAAGAUGCUCUGAUACAUCUGGUCAAGGUGUCGAGGAUAAUCCGGACACCUGGAGGAAAUGCCUUGUUGGUAGGCGUUGGGGGUUCUGGCAAACAGAGCCUGACCAGACUGGCCUCGUUCAUAGCUGGAUACAAGUUCUUCCAGAUUACUCUCACACGCUCAUACAACACAGCCAACCUGAUGGAUGACCUGAAGGGUUUGUACAGAACAGCUGGCCAACAUGGCAAAGGCAUCAGCUUCAUCUUUACUGACAAUGAAAUCAAAGACGAGUCCUUCCUCGAGUACAUGAACAACGUCCUGUCAUCUGGAGAGGUGUCCAGCUUAUUUGCUCGUGAUGAGAUCGACGAGAUCCUCAGUGAUCUCAUCCCUGUUAUGAAGCGGGAGUUUCCCAGGCGACCUCCAACCAAUGAAAACCUGUAUGACUACUUCAUGUCACGAGUUCGACAUAAUCUCCAUGUUGUUCUGUGUUUCUCGCCUGUCGGGGAAAAGUUCCGCAACCGGUCAUUAAAAUUUCCAGCAUUGAUAUCUGGUUGCACCAUGGACUGGUUCAGCCGGUGGCCAAAAGAUGCUCUUGUUGCAGUGUCAGAGCAUUUCCUGUCAGUCUAUGACAUCGACUGCUCACCCCAGGUUAAAAGUGAAGUAGUCCAGUGCAUGGGGUCCUUUCAGGAUGGUGUGGCAGAGAAGUGUGUGGACUACUUCCAGAGAUACCGACGGUCCACCCACGUCACACCAAAGUCCUACCUGUCCUUCAUUCAGGGUUACAAGACCAUCUAUAAGGAGAAGAGGUCUGAAGUCCAUACCCUGGCUAAGAGGAUGAACACUGGUCUCCAAAAGUUGAAGGAGGCAUCAGAAUCUGUAGCAGCACUCAGCAAGGAGCUGGAAGUGAAAGAGAAGGAGCUACAGGUUGCCAAUGACAAGGCUGAUAUGGUAUUGAAAGAGGUGACCGUAAAAGCCCAGGCUGCAGAGCGAGUGAAGGUUGAGGUGCAGAAAGUGAAGGACAAGGCCCAGGCCAUUGUAGACAGCAUCUCAGCUGACAAGGCCAUCGCUGAAGAGAAACUUGAAGCUGCUCGGCCAGCUCUUCAGGAAGCAGAGGCUGCACUGCAGACAAUCAAGCCAUCGGACAUUGCCACUGUACGCACACUUGGUCGCCCCCCCCACCUCAUCAUGCGGAUCAUGGACUGCGUACUGCUGCUCUUCCAGAGGCGUGUCAACACAGUGAAGAUUGACCCAGAGAAGAACUGCAAUACGCCGUCCUGGCAGGAGUCCCUAAAACUCAUGACAGCUGGAAACUUCCUGGGCAGCCUGCAGCAAUUCCCCAAAGACACCAUUAAUGAGGAAAUGGUGGAGCUGCUGCAGCCUUAUUUUGACAUGCCCGACUACAACAUUGAAACAGCCAAGAGGGUGUGUGGCAAUGUGGCCGGCCUUGCAUCAUGGACAAAAGCUAUGGCCUCCUUCUUCUCCAUCAACAAGGAGGUCUUACCCUUGAAGGCUAACCUGGCAGUGCAGCAGAAUCGUCUGGCAAUAGCUAAUGUGGACCUUCAGAAGGCGCAGGCUGAGCUGGAUGCCAAGCAGGCAGAGCUGGAUGUGGUACAGGCGGAGUAUGAGAAGGCCAUGAUGGAGAAACAGACACUGCUGGAGGAUGCUGAGCGCUGCAGACACAAGAUGCAGACAGCGUCCAGUCUCAUCAGCGGUCUGGCUGGGGAGAAGGAGAGAUGGACAGAGCAAAGCAAAGAGUUUGCUGCCCAAACCAAACGCCUUGUCGGUGACAUUCUUCUGGCCACAGCAUUCCUCUCUUACUCCGGCCCCUUCAAUCAGGAGUUUCGUAACCUUCUACUUAGUAACUGGCAGCGGGAGUUGAAGCAGCGUCGUAUUCCAUUUGGCAACAACCUCAAUCUGACUGAGCUGCUCAUUGAUGCACCCACCGUUAGCGAGUGGAACCUACAGGGGCUCCCUAAUGAUGACCUGUCUAUUCAGAAUGGCAUCAUUGUCACCAAAGCCGCCCGCUUCCCCCUCCUCGUUGACCCCCAGACGCAGGGAAAAAUCUGGAUUAAGAACAAAGAGGCUAGGAAUGAGCUGCAGAUAACCUCACUGAACCAUAAAUACUUCAAGAACCACCUGGAAGACAGUUUGUCUCUUGGACGCCCCCUUUUGAUCGAAGAUGUAGGGGAGGAGUUGGACCCUGCACUUGACAACAUCCUCGAAAAAAACUUCAUCAAAACCGGCUCCACUUACAAGGUGAAAGUGGGUGACAAAGAGGUUGAUGUGAUGAAGGGCUUCAGGCUGUAUGUGACCACCAAGCUGCCUAACCCGGCUUACACCCCUGAGAUCAGUGCACGCACCUCCAUCAUCGACUUCACAGUCACCAUGAGAGGACUAGAGGACCAGCUGCUGGGCAGAGUCAUCCUCACUGAAAAACAGGAACUGGAGAAGGAGAGAACAGACCUCUUGGAAGAUGUGACAUCCAACAAGAGAAAGAUGAAGGAACUAGAGGACAAUCUCCUCUACCGACUGACCAGCACACAGGGUUCACUGGUGGAUGAUGAGAGUCUGAUUCUUGUCCUUGGCAACACCAAGCGCACAGCUGAAGAGGUCACUCAGAAACUACAGAUUGCUGCGGAGACUGAGAUCCAGAUCAAUGCUGCCAGAGAGGAGUACCGACCUGUGGCCACCAGGGGCAGUAUCCUGUACUUCCUGAUCACAGAAAUGAGUAUGGUGAAUGUCAUGUAUCAGACCUCUCUGAGACAGUUCCUGGGACUUUUUGACCUUUCUCUGGCCAGGUCCUCCAAAAGUCCAAUCACCAGCAAACGCAUCGCCAACAUCAUAGAGUUUAUGACCUUUGAGGUGUAUAAGUAUGCAGCACGCGGCCUGUAUGAGGAGCACAAGUUCCUCUUCACUUUGCUGUUGACACUGAAGAUUGACAUGCAGAGCAACAGGGUCAAACAUGAGGAGUUCCUCACACUCAUUAAAGGAGGUGCAUCUCUGGACCUAAAGGCCUGCCCUCAAAAACCAGCUAAAUGGAUCCUUGACAUGACCUGGCUCAACCUUGUGGAGCUCAGCAAACUGUGGCAGUUCUCUGAUAUACUGGAUCAGAUAAGUCGCAACGAGAAACAGUGGAAGUCCUGGUUUGAUAAGGAGGCCCCGGAGGAAGAGGUGGUCCCAAACUCCUACGACCAGGCUCUUGACUGUUUUAAACGCCUGCUCCUCAUACGCUGCUGGUGUCCCGACAGGACCAUUGCGCAGGCCCGUAAAUACAUAAUGGACGCAAUGGGGGAGAAGUACACUGAAGGGGUCAUUCUUGACUUGGAGAAGAUGUGGGAGGAAUCAGACCCACGAACACCUCUCAUCUGCUUCCUGUCAAUGGGCUCAGAUCCAACUGACUCCAUCAUCGCGCUGGGGAAGAGGCUAAAGUUCGAGACCAGAUAUGUCUCCAUGGGACAAGGACAAGAGGUCCACGCCCGCAAGCUUCUGCAGCAGACCAUGGCUAAUGGUGGCUGGGCCUUACUCCAGAACUGCCACCUGGGUCUGGACUUCAUGGACGAGCUAAUGGACACUGUGACGGAGACAGACUUUGUCCACGACAGCUUCCGCCUUUGGAUGACCACAGAGGUCCACAGACACUUCCCCAUCACCCUUCUGCAGAUGUCAAUCAAGUUCACCAACGAACCACCACAGGGCCUCAAGGCGGGGCUUAAGAGGACCUAUGGAGGUAUAAACCAGGACCUUUUGGAUGUCAGUAACAUGGUGCAGUGGAAGCCAAUGCUGUAUGGAGUGGCAUUUCUCCACAGCACGGUACAGGAGAGGAGAAAGUAUGGGCCUCUGGGAUGGAACAUCCCCUACGAGUUCAACCAGGCCGACUUGAACGCAACUGUCCAGUUUGUUCAAAACCACCUUGAUGACAUGGACAUCAAAAAGGGCGUGUCAUGGAACACAGUGCGAUACAUGAUCGGAGAGAUUCAGUACGGUGGCCGCGUGACUGACGACUACGACAAGCGGCUCCUCAACACCUUUGCCAAGGUGUGGUUCAGUGAGGACAUGUUUGGGCCUGCCUUCAACUUCUACAAGGGCUACAGCAUCCCGAAAUGCUCCAAUGUUGACCAGUAUCUGACAUACAUUCAGGGUCUGCCAGCCUAUGACACUCCAGAGGUGUUCGGUCUCCACCCGAACGCAGACAUAACCUACCAGAGUAAGCUGGCUAAGGACGUACUGGACACCAUACUCAGUAUUCAGCCUAAAGACAGCUCGUCAGGCGGAGGGGAAACCAGAGAGGCUGUGGUGUCCAGGCUGGCUGACGACAUGCUGGAGAAACUGCCUCCCGACUACGUACCCUUUGAAGUGAGAGAGCGCCUCCAGAAGAUGGGUCCCUUCCAGCCCAUGAACAUCUUCCUACGUCAGGAGAUCGAUCGGAUGCAGAGGGUCAUAGUUCUGGUCCGAAACACCCUGACAGACCUCAAGCUGGCCAUCGAUGGAACCAUCAUCAUGAGUGAGAAUCUGAGAGACGCCCUGGAUUGCAUGUACGACGCCCGCAUUCCUGCACGCUGGAAGAAGGCAUCGUGGGCCUCCAGCACCCUGGGGUUCUGGUUUACAGAGCUGCUUGAGCGGAACCGGCAGUUCCAGGCUUGGAUCUUUGAAGGGCGGCCCAACUGCUUCUGGAUGACGGGCUUCUUCAACCCGCAGGGCUUCCUGACAGCCAUGAGACAGGAGAUCACGCGGGCCAACAAGGGCUGGGCCCUGGACCGAAUGGUGCUGUGUAACGACGUGACCCGGUGGAUGAAGGACGACAUAACCCAGCCCCCCGCAGAGGGAGUGUAUGUCUACGGCCUCUACCUGGAGGGAGCCGGCUGGGACCGCCGCAGCUGCAAACUCAUCGACUCCAAGCCCAAAGUCCUCUUCGAGAUGAUGCCUGUGAUCAGGAUGUACGCUGAGAAUAAUGGUGUGAAGGAUUCCCGUCUCUACUCCUGUCCAAUCUACAAGAAGCCGGUGAGGACCGACAUGAAUUACAUCGCAGCUGUAGACCUGAAGACUUCACUUCCUCCAGAAUACUGGAUCCUACGGGGUGUGGCACUCCUCUGUGACGUCAAAUGAUCGCUUAAUGUUGAGCAACACUAACACACAUCUGGUAGGAGGCUAUUAUUAACUUCCCAUCAGUCACAUGCCCAACGUCAGGAAAUUGUGGCCACCAGUGGUGAAACAUCCACUUCCAGACAAUGAGACAAAGCCUCUGGAUACAUCACAAUGUCUCUUUUAGAUAAGACUGUGUAGAGGGACGAAGCACAACAGCAAUUCCUUACAGUCACUCCUUCAGUAUAAUCUAGUUUAAAUUGACAGAAAGACAAUUUGUCAUAUUACUGUGCAGCAAAUGUCAAAUAAUGUAUUUAGUUCAGUCAACACAAGGUCAAAACAGGAAUUACCAAAUUUGAAACAUCACAUCAUCGUUAUCUAUUUUGCUUGAGGUCAAACGGAACAAAGAUGGGUGAACAACUGAAGGUCAGUAAGACAUUCCUCAGACUCUUGUCUAAUUGACUAUAACUAUAACAGAAAUAUUUUUUAGAUCAGGAUGAAGAUGACAACACUUUAUCAGAGACCCUCCGGAUUUUUAAAAAACAUGUCACAGAUUAGAGGAAAGAUCUUUCUAUUUGACCAGAGUCUGCCCACUUUGCUCGUAUUUAUUUGUACUUUGUUUUAAAACAGAUUUUUUUAAUUUAUGUUUUAGUCUCUUAAUAUGGAAACCACAGUGUAAAGCAGAGAGGACUCAAACUGUACUGCUUCACUGAAUGAUUCAACUUUGGGUGGACAACAUGCAGCAAUGCGCCACAGGUUAGAAUCAAACCCGGUCCGCUGGGUUGGGAUGCAGCCUACCAGGUUGGCAACCGUGUGCUGGUUUUUUUAAAGAAUAAUAACACUCAGAACUGAAAUACAUAGAAAUUUUAAUGAAGUUUUUACAAAAAAACAAUGGCAUCAAAACAUCAAAACACUUUUUUGGUAGUAUUUUCUUUUGUUACAAAACCACCGCAUCAUACGCACUCUAAAGCUACCCUGUACACAGAUCAGGCCCCAGUUUCCCAAAUUAAAAUCUUCACGCUAAAAUCAACUUUAUCCUUUUGCUUUCAUGGAAUUUUACUCAAACAAUUUAAAACUCCUGAUUUCCAUUUUCAGCAGUCAAUGAAGACAAGAUGAUUAGUGUAAAGAUAAUUGUGGGAAACCUGGCCCUGGAUGAAUAUCACAAUAUAUUCAUAUUCUUUUUUUUUAUGCUUUCCUUGUAUGGACUGCCUGUAAAAUACAUCCAAGACUUCGUGCUUCUAACAAGGUUGAUGGAGUACAGUAUAUGUACACAUAUGUGUGUCUCCUUGUUGGCUGGCUGUGUUUUUAAAAAGGACCAGCUUCUCCUUUUGCAACAGUGGUCAUGCAGUUUUCUCUUGUAACAUUUGUCCUUGGCUUUCAUUUUAAUAUCAGAUCUUCCAUCUAUGGCCUUUUGUACUUUGUAGAUGUUUGGUUCAGUUGGGGGCCUGCAAGAUUCCUUAUUUCCAUAAAAGCAGCAUGUCUUUUUUUGUAUAAAUUCUUGUCUUACAGGUGCUCUUCAAGAGCCCUCGAUGUUUCUCUACUUCUUACUGUACAUCUUUUAACAUCCAAAAUGCACUGUAUCCUGUAAAGUGAAAAGAAUAGAGUUUUGAUCUUUUUGAUGGACAUGGCUGUAAAAGAGGCUUUGAUGGCAUAGUGCUGCCACAAGCGUCAGAAUACUAAAAUAGACCAUUUCAGAUUCUUCUCUCUGACUAAACGUGUCUCUGUGGCUUUGCUGGAUCCAACAUUCAAAUUACAAUAUAUUUCAGGGGUUAUUGCCUACUUGCUGUACAUGCUACACUUACAUAAGUGACAAAAUGUAUACUACAGCUGUGGCAUAGGUAACUGCAAUGCAACAUUAAAAUCAUAUCCGAUUCCUCCGUGCUUCACACUUUGAUUCUGUUACAACAGCGUUGAGAAGAUCAAAUCUCCAUCUGAAAUGAACUCUGUUCUUUGAGCCGGUG